CCUAACCAUAGUUUAUUUCCAUACCACCUCGUACCUUCCAUCCAUUCUCAAAGAGUCAAAACCCUAAUCGGAUCGCACGUCGCCUCUGCACUUCCAAGGAAAAUGAGUAGCCGUGCGAGCCGAACUCUCUAUGUCGGCAAUCUUCCCGCGGAUAUUCGUGAGCGAGAAGUGGAGGAUUUGUUUUACAAGUAUGGACGCAUAGCCCACAUUGAUCUGAAGGUCCCACCAAGGCCUCCGGGUUAUGCAUUUGUUGAGUUUGAAGAUGCUCAAGAUGCUGAAGAUGCCAUUCGGGGUCGUGAUGGUUAUGAUUUUGAUGGGCAUCGGCUACGGGUGGAACUUGCACAUGGUGGCCGUGGACAUUCAUCAUCAAGAGAUCGUUAUAGUACUCAUAGCAGUGGUGGUCGGAGUGGACGUGGUGGAGUAUCCAGGCGCUCUGAAUUCCGUGUGCUUGUCACUGGAUUGCCUCCUUCUGCUUCAUGGCAAGACCUUAAGGAUCACAUGCGACAAGCUGGGGAUGUUUGUUUUUCACAAGUUUUCCGUGAUGGUAGUGGCACGACGGGGAUCGUGGAUUACACAAACUACGAAGACAUGAAGUAUGCAGUAAAAAAGCUUGAUGACUCUGAGUUUCGGAAUGCAUUUUCUCGGUCCUAUGUCCGUGUUAGGGAAUAUGAUUCAAAGAGGGAUGCCUCUAGAAGCCCUAGUCGCGGUCGAUCCUAUUCGAAAGGCAGAAGCUAUAGCCGCAGCCGUAGUCGUAGCCGAAGUGUCAGUCGGGGCAGGAGCAAGAGCAAGUCUCCCAAGGCCAAAUCUUCGCGCCGCUCACCUGCUAAAUUGCGGUCAAGGUCUGCUGAGAGAUCUCGCUCUCGCUCUGCUUCAAAGUCUCGUUCUAUGUCAGGAUAUGGAUACAUGCAGCGAAGUGGGGAUUGGAUAUUAGGAUCUUGGUGGGAUAUGGUUCAGUUGCCUGCAACUCUUUUGGUUGUGGAGAUUGGGAACAAAGGAGAUCAUGGUUGCAAUAGUAAAGCUGGAUAUCUGGGAACUAAGUGCCAUUGGGAUUUGGAUAUCACCAUCAAUGAGCAGUAGAGACGAUUUCAUUAUCAUUUUCUGCUCCAACAUUUGCCAAGCUAGUAGGGAGCACUAUCUGGCCUUUCUGGAUUUUUGUGAUCUCGAUCAAGAUCCAGAUCUCCAUUGCCUUCGCGUCCGAAAAGGAAGAGUAAAAGCCCAAAGAGGCGCAGUGCUAGCAGGAGCCCAAG